AUGGAUACCCAUCCGAUUAGACCAUCCCGGCGUACCUUAUUAACCACCAUCCCUCAUCCUAGGGCGAAAGAGGACGACCUCCUGAUACUGAAACCAGCAGCCUGGUUCGUAAAGUUGGUAGCUUUCCAAGCAGAACUCAUCUCUAACUGCUUAGAAUAUCUGUCAUCGACCCUCUUCUCUUUCCUGUCAACGUCUCUUGAGUCYGUUCACCGUGCCGAAGAAGUAAGGGAAAGUGCCGGGGUGGCUGUGCCAUCCCGCGUGGCCGACGGCAGCGGCAUCUUCUUGCGGAAGCUCGGCUUUGGGCUUGUUGGUGCUAUUUAUGCCGUUCUGCUUCUGACUGCUGUCAUGGUUUUGGCCAUUAUUGUUGGAGUUGGGUGGGUUCAGUGGUGGGUCGAGGAGCCUGUGUUCGUUCGAGAGCCUCUGCAUUUCGAUUACACUGAUGUUCAUCCCAGCGCAGUCUUCUCAUUCAGCGGUGGUUUACAAGGGAAUGUGAAAAGGGCGAUUCCAGCUGGGCACACCUUCUAUGUUUCGGUCGUGCUUCUGAUGCCGGAAUCCGAUUUUAACCGGCAAAUUGGCGUCUUUCAGUUGACUGCAGAGGUUCUAUCAGCAACUGGAGACGUUCUAGCAACAUCUAGUCAGCCAUGCAUGUUGCGUUUUAGAAGCCCCCCAGUUCGACUGAUGCGUACAUUUGUUAUGGGCAUACCCCUCACACUGGGGAUUUCAGGUGAGACGCAGAAGAUCACAGUAGAUGUACUGAAACACAUGGAGGGAAAACCAAGGACGGAGGCAAUCAGAAUAAGAUUAAAACCAAGAGCUGGAAUCACUUCUCUCCCAGAACUGUAUGAAGCUGAGAUCCUCGUAAAUUCCAAGCUUCCUUGGAGAAAAGAAUUCGUGUACAAUUGGAAAUGGACAUUUUACGUCUGGGCUUCCUUGUACGUUUAUAUAAUGCUUCUUGUAGUUCUUGCCUGUUGGUAUAAACCAUUUCUCUUCCCAACUGUAGCAACAGGUGUAGCUGGUCGAGAUCAAAGAAGUUGGUCCUUGGAAACAGAAAAGCAUCCACAAUCUAGAGACAGACGGGACGGGGAGAUCUCAGACACGUUGAGGAAAUGGCAACCAAUCAGAAGCAAGAGAAAGUCAUUGCUUCCACAUGGUGUGGUCUCGCCGGAAAAUGCUGCAGCUGGGUCCUCGACAACUAGCUUUACUGUUAACCCAGAAGAAGCGUGCGAAGUUGUCGAAGAUUCUGGUGGGUUUGGGGACUCUGAAUCUGUAUCAUAGGUGGUUGAUGAGCUGAUUAAGAACUGUCAGUUGAUGUUGCAAAACAUUGUAACUGCUACCACGUAAUUCUGUAAGAGGAGUUCGCU